GUCGCAGUAUUUCCUGUUGGGAUUAUCUUUUGCUUCCCCCCGCCCCCAGCUGCCUCCUUCCCCUCACACGUCCACUUAGUGCCCCCGGUCUAAGCUGCUUUCGGCCCCUGUUUGUGUCCCCCACCCGGGGACCCCCCGUGCCUCCCCGCCGAGACCAUGAGGAAAUUCAACAUCAGGAAGGUGCUGGACGGCCUGACCGCCGGCUCGUCCUCGGCCUCGCAGCAACAGCAGCAGCAGCAACACCCGCCUGGGAACCGGGAGCCCGAGAUCCAGGAAACGCUCCAGUCCGAGCACUUUCAGCUCUGCAAGACUGUUCGCCAUGGAUUUCCUUAUCAACCCUCAGCCCUGGCCUUUGAUCCCGUACAGAAGAUCCUGGCAGUGGGAACUCUGACUGGUGCUUUAAGGCUCUUUGGUCGUCCAGGAGUAGAAUGUUAUUGCCAGCAUGACAGUGGAGCUGCAGUAAUCCAGCUCCAGUUCCUGAUUAAUGAGGGAGCUCUUGUGAGUGCCUUGGCUGAUGACACCUUACACUUAUGGAAUUUACGUCAAAAGAGGCCUGCCAUACUACAUUCACUAAAAUUUUGCAGAGAAAGGGUAACAUUUUGCCAUCUGCCUUUCCAGAGUAAGUGGCUCUAUGUGGGCACCGAACGAGGUAACAUACAUAUUGUCAAUGUGGAGUCCUUCACACUCUCAGGCUACGUCAUUAUGUGGAACAAAGCCAUUGAACUGUCAUCUAAAUCUCACCCAGGACCUGUUGUUCAUAUAAGUGAUAAUCCAAUGGAUGAGGGAAAGCUUUUGAUUGGCUUCGAAUCUGGAAUAGUAGUUUUAUGGGACCUCAAAUCAAAGAAAGCUGACUACAGAUACACAUAUGAUGAGGCUAUCCACUCUGUUGCUUGGCAUCAUGAAGGAAAGCAAUUUAUUUGCAGUCAUUCAGAUGGCACAUUGACUAUAUGGAAUGUGAGGUCCCCUGCUAAACCUGUACAGACAAUUACUCCACAUGGAAAACAGUUAAAGGAUGGGAAGAAACCAGAACCAUGCAAACCUAUCCUCAAGGUGGAAUUCAAAACGACUAGAUCUGGGGAACCUUUUAUUAUUUUAUCAGGAGGUUUGUCAUAUGAUACUGUAGGAAGAAGACCUUGCUUAACAGUGAUGCAUGGAAAAAGUACUGCUGUACUAGAAAUGGACUAUUCAAUUGUUGAUUUUCUAACGCUGUGUGAAACACCAUACCCAAAUGAUUUUCAAGAACCAUAUGCUGUUGUUGUGCUUCUAGAAAAGGAUUUAGUACUUAUAGACCUUGCACAGAAUGGAUAUCCUAUAUUUGAAAAUCCCUACCCUUUGAGUAUACAUGAAUCCCCUGUUACAUGUUGUGAAUAUUUUGCUGAUUGUCCUGUGGACCUUAUUCCUGCACUUUAUUCUGUUGGAGCUAGACAGAAACGUCAAGGUUACAGCAAAAAGGAAUGGCCUAUCAAUGGAGGUAACUGGGGCUUGGGUGCUCAAAGUUACCCAGAAAUAAUUAUUACAGGGCAUGCUGAUGGGUCAGUUAAGUUCUGGGAUGCCUCUGCAAUAACUCUGCAAGUAUUAUAUAAACUAAAGACAUCUAAAGUAUUUGAAAAGUCGAGAAAUAAAGAUGACAGGCCAAACACAGAUAUUGUGGAUGAAGAUCCAUAUGCCAUUCAGAUCAUCUCCUGGUGUCCAGAAAGUAGAAUGCUGUGCAUAGCAGGAGUUUCAGCUCAUGUCAUUAUUUAUAGAUUUAGCAAACAGGAAGUGAUUACAGAAGUCAUUCCGAUGCUUGAAGUUCGGUUGUUAUAUGAAAUAAAUGAUGUGGAAUCUCCAGAGGGUGAGCAGGCACCACCUUUGCCAACACCUGUGGGAGGUUCCAAUCCUCAGCCCAUUCCUCCUCAAUCACAUCCAUCUACCAGUAGCAGUUCAUCUGAUGGGCUUCGUGACAAUGUACCUUGUUUAAAAGUGAAAAACUCACCACUUAAACAGUCUCCAGGUUAUCAGACAGAACUAGUUAUUCAGUUGGUAUGGGUGGGUGGAGAACCACCACAACAAAUAACUAGCCUGGCAGUCAAUUCUUCAUAUGGACUGGUGGUUUUUGGCAAUUGUAAUGGCAUUGCUAUGGUUGACUACCUCCAGAAAGCAGUGCUGCUCAACCUGGGCACUAUUGAAUUAUAUGGCUCUAAUGAUCCUUAUCGGAGAGAACCCAGAUCUCCUCGUAAAUCUCGACAACCUUCAGGAGCAGGUCUCUGUGAUAUUAGUGAAGGGACUGUAGUUCCAGAGGACCGCUGCAAAUCUCCAACUUCUGCAAAGAUGUCAAGGAAGUUAAGCUUGCCUACUGACCUAAAGCCUGAUUUAGAUGUAAAAGAUAAUUCCUUCAGCCGAUCACGGAGUUCAAGUGUAACCAGCAUUGACAAGGAAUCCCGUGAAGCAAUCUCUGCUCUUCAUUUCUGUGAAACUUUUACUCGAAAGGCUGACUUGUCCCCUUCCCCAUGUCUAUGGGUUGGAACAACACUAGGAACAGUGCUUGUCAUUGCACUGAACCUUCCUCCAGGGGGAGAACAAAGACUUCUUCAGCCAGUAAUUGUGUCUCCAAGUGGUACUAUAUUGAGGUUAAAAGGUGCAAUCUUGAGAAUGGCAUUUCUGGAUACCACAGGCUGCUUAGUGCCACCUGCAUAUGAACCCUGGAGAGAACAAAAUGUUCCUGAAGAAAAGGAUGAAAAGGAGAAAUUGAAAAAACGGAGGCCUGUUUCAGUAUCCCCCUCUUCUUCUCAGGAAAUUAGUGAAAACCAGUAUGCAGUGAUAUGUUCUGAAAAGCAGGCAAAAGUAAUCUCACUGCCAACUCAGAACUGUGCUUACAAGCAAAACAUUACAGAGACCUCAUUUGUGCUUCGUGGAGAUAUUGUAGCAUUGAGUAACAGUAUCUGUCUUGCGUGUUUCUGUGCCAAUGGACAUAUUAUGACUUUUAGUUUGCCAAGUUUAAGGCCCCUAUUGGAUGUGUAUUACUUGCCCCUUACCAAUAUGCGGAUAGCCAGAACAUUCUGCUUCACCAACAAUGGACAAGCAUUAUAUCUUGUUUCACCUACAGAAAUCCAGAGACUUACUUAUAGUCAAGAGACCUGUGAAAAUCUUCAGGAAAUGUUGGGUGAACUCUUCACUCCUGUAGAAACACCUGAAGCACCAAACAGGGGAUUCUUUAAAGGCUUAUUUGGAGGUGGUGCACAAUCUCUUGAUAGAGAAGAAUUAUUUGGAGAGUUGUCCUCAGGAAAGGCCUCAAGGAGUCUUGCACAGCAUAUCCCUGGCCCUGGUGGCAUUGAAGGUGUAAAAGGGGCAGCAUCUGGAGUCGUUGGCGAAUUGGCACGAGCCAGGUUGGCACUAGAUGAAAGAGGGCAGAAACUUGGUGACCUGGAAGAAAGAACUGCAGCUAUGUUAUCAAGUGCAGAUUCAUUUUCUAAACAUGCUCAUGAGAUGAUGUUGAAAUACAAAGAUAAGAAGUGGUACCAGUUCUGACAACCAGAAUCUAAUAAGCCCAACUUCAGCCAGAAGGAAAAAGUUUUUCAUUUUUAUUUCAUUGAUUCAUUUAGGAAAGUUAACAUUAAAGGAACGUUCAUCACUGAAUACUGUUCUUUCCUAGUACAAUCAUGCACUGUUGUUCCUCAGUCAUGUGGCUUUAACUGAGGAGUGUUCACACAAACUCAAACUGAUGUUUAUGGUGUGUGCUGGCUAUGAGUUGACGGUUUGGGAACUUAGCAGAUCACACAUGACAGAUGAAGAAACAAAGGGGGAUGUUGAGGAGACAUGGCAGGGGCUAUUCCUGGAUCAUUCCUGUAUUAAACUUUCUCAUAUGCCAAAAGAUUUUGUGCUGUUGUAUCUGCCAUCAGUGUUUGACCAGUUUGGGGAAGAGGCAAUAAGUCAGAGUCCUGAAGCUAAAAUAGUUAUAUUUAUGUCAUUGGACUGGAUUAUAAACAGCUGCAUUGGACUUUCCUUUCCCUUAAACUGACUGGUCAUCAGUAUCAUUAGUGAAAAAGAAACAAACUGUUUGUUACCAUAUCUUUAGACAGAUAAGCUGAAUGGUGGGCUUUAAAUAAUAAAAACAUACACAGAGUUGACUUGUGUAUGGGCUACUCUUGGAUUCCUGUUAUUAUAUAUUUGUGUUUAGUUCAUAUUUUGUGAAAAGCAAAACAAGGCGAUACAUCACUUUUCAUUGAAAAGAAAAGUGUACAGCAUGACUGAAUUGCGCAUCAUUCUGGGAGUUUCCAUGUAGUGGCUAUGCAGUGUGGAAAGUGAGAAGAACCUCCAUUGUGGUGAGGAGAAUACUUCACUGUCCUUUGUCCUUGUUCUCAUUAAUUCAGCUAAAGGUGGAUUUGACCAAAAAUAGUUACUGUUUAAAUUUGUAGAAAUGUUGAAAUUGGCUAAGUUUUUAAUUUUGCUUGAAUUUUUAUAAAAUGUUUAACCAAAUGUACCUUUGCAUUAUUUAAUUAAAGUUGCUAAAAAAAAAUGUUUCAUUAUUUCAGUAAAAUGCUCAGCUCCCUUUUAAAAAUGCCCUUUAUUUGCUAAUGGUUCUAAUACACUCAGGUGAUGAGCCAAUUAAAUCUUAGUGCACAUGCUAUUGCAUGGAAAAUCACAAGCAUCUGUUGUCAGUAAUUAUCUAUAUAAGAGUCUAGUCUGACGACCUACAAAAUAUUUUCUGUAGAAAUAUACUGUAAAUCUGUACAUAUCCUUUCAAGGCUUUAAAAAGCACAAAGGAAAGGAAAAUAUGUACAUUUUGGUAACUAAAUUAUUUCUGUAUUGGAGUAUAAUACAAAUUGAGGCUAGCAAUGGACAAUGAAUGAUUGGUUUCAAGAAAUAGCAUUAAAGACAGGAAAGAAACCACUUGGUAGAUCGGGAAGUAAGCAAUCUCAUCAUUCAGGCUAAUCUGACAUUAUCAUCAACUGUUGUUAAAGCAACAAAGAAAGUAAAAUAGAAGCAUUAAAAUUAAUGUUAAUGAAUUUAAAUAUUGUCUUCUAUAAAAAAAUAUUUCAAAUCAUUUUCUUUUUUCAUUAAGAGAUAAUCAGAGCACAAAUUGAUAACAAACAUGAUAGUUGUUUUUCUAUUCCGUAUCAUCUUUAAAGGUAUAUGUAGAAGAUCUUAACUUCACAUAGUCUGUUAUGCAUCUUUUUCUCUUCUCUUCACUAAUAAAGCUUUUAUGUUUACAUUUUAUAACACGCACUACAGGAUACAAAAGUUUACAUCAAAGUUUACUUUAAAUAUCAUUGGGUAGGGACUAAAUAUAUGUGACAGAGAUAAUUGAUCAAGCCAAAAGAAAUAUUUUAAAAAUAAAAUAAUUUUCAAAAGUUUUUGAAAUUGUAGAAAGUAACAAUGAAUAAUAUAUUUCUGUUUAGUUAAUAUCAGCUGUCUGAUGAACAUUCAGCAGUUUAAGAAUUGUUUAUUUAGUAUUACAUAUUAUCCGAUAAACCCUUGUUCCAUGAUGUGUCACAGGAAGUAUUAGGUCCUUUCUUAAGGGUACAGUUUGUGCAUGUCAUCAAUAGAAUCAACAGUUCUGGAUUUAAGGAAGUUAAGAAGCAUUAAGUAAAUUAACACACUGGUUUAUCCCCUAUCCAUGUGGGCAGGUCAUAUUAGCUCCAUUUAUCUAAUUUGCUGUGUUAUUUUGUGAUGUUUGUAUAUCACCUUUUUUAUUUUACUGUCAUUUUUCCUGUUGUAUAUAAAAUUAAUCAAUCUUCUAAUUAUUUUCUAAUAGAAAAGUAGAUACAUUUACCUGAGAUGGAUUUUUAAAGAGAAUAUUAAAUUGAUGUUUUGAAUUAUUUUACGUCACUUUAAAAUUAAUCUGCAAAUUAUGUACAACAAACUAGAGACUCAUUUAAGAUUAAAAAGGAUAAAGUAUUUUUGAGUAUAGGAAAUAAGCUUCUCAGAGUUAUACCUGAUUUAGUCUGUAGAUAAGAGACAGUCUGUAGUAAUAACUAACCCAGGGAAUUUAUUGUAACUUGAGAGAUAAAAUCUCUAUUUUUUUCUUUUUAAAUACAAAAAGUAAUAGUCACCAGCAAGCCAAUAUUUCAGGAAAACUAACCAAAAAAUAUAUAUAUAUAUAUCAAAAUAGAAGAUAUCAGAAAAAUGAAAGAUUUUUGUGUGCUUUCAACAUUGUUUGGUCACAUUUGUCCUUGACUCUAAAAUCACUGAAGUAUUCACUGAUUAGCAGUUUGUCAGUAGGAAGUAGUUUCUUUAUAUGUAUCACAUAUCUAGUUCAUUUCACUUUUUCGAACUAAAUCCAUAUAUAUUUGCUUAGAAAGUUUUUUGAAAUCUUAUAUUCUGUACAUUACCUCCAUCUGGCAUUUUGCAUCACCCUAACACCCUUGGUUUGCAUUUCAGUUGUUCAAACUGUUAUCAGAAAAUGGUUAUAGAUUGAACUGAGCUAUUACUAACUUACUAAUUUGAUUUUUUUAUGGAUAUGAAAAAAUGCUGCUACUUGUCUGUUAUUAUAUGUAAGUAUAUUACAAUUUAAUUAAGUAUAGUGCUUUAAAGAAAGAAGCAUUUCUUUUGCUUAGAAUUUCUUAAUUGUAGGUUCCUCUGAAGUUAUUUCAUGUAGAUAUGUGUUUUAAACAAGUCUGAAAGUGUUACAUACUUUUAGGUUACAGAGGGUGCUGGGAAAACAGCUGAGGAAAGGAAGAAUAUGGGGAAGACACCACGAAGUUUAAAGUUUUACCUUGAGUUCUAUAUUCCAUAUAUGUUUUGCUUAAGGCAUAUUGCUCAUGUGACAUUAGAGAAGCUAUAUCCAAAGGUAAAUUUUUUGUCGCAAAAAUUUAUUUUACAUUUUAACUUUUGGGAUUUUGUUUAUUUCUGCAAAAUAAAGAGCACUGAACUUUAAACUUGAAUUUUUUCUGCACUUUUUGGGUAAUGAAAACUUUUUAUUAUCAUCUAAUUCACAUUUCUCAGUUUAAAUCAAGUGAUACAUGUGUAUAAAAUAUACCAAAAUCAUGAAUAUGCUGCUAGCUGCACCUUAAACAAACUGAUCAAUUUUAAAACCAUUAAUAGGGUUUAUAUAGUUUUCAGAGAUUAAAAAAAUAGUAAAAUUAUUUGCUGUAUGUUUCAGUGUUCUUGGUCUUAAAUUACUGCAACACUUUCAGAUUUGUUUUAAGAUCAUACAGUAACGUUAUAUUUAUACAUACUGCUAGAGAAUAUACUUUUAGUUUUACAAUGGAAUUUUUAUAAAUGUACUCUUUAAUUUUAAAAAUGGUGAACUUGUUAAUUUUAAGUCAAAGUACUUAAAGAGUAUGUAUAUUAUCCAUACAAAAAGUUAUGUUUUACGCUUAUAAUAAGAAAUAUUGGUAUCUCAUAUCGAGAUACAAUUAAUUUUAAAAAAUCAUGCAUCAUUUAAAAGUCUUCACACAUGACAGGAAAGAUACCAUUACUAUGGUUUAAAACAUAAAACAAAACCCUCUAUUGAGCAUUUUAAACAAUCAUUUUAUUUUGGGGGAAAAUGCCCAAAACGAUAAUUGCAAGGUCUUUCUCAAUAGUUACAGCUUACUGUUGGAUGCCUACCUUAACUAUUGUUUUAAAAUAUAGAUAUAUAUAGAUAUAUAUUUAAAAUAGUUUUCCAGGUAUUUUCUUCUACCUUUUUUAAAAAUAAAUUUCCAAAAAUGAAAACAGAGUUUAUGUAUUUUUGUCAAUGAAGGUUUUUAUUUUGUAGUUUAUAGAAUUUGUUCCUUCUCAGUUUGAUACUUGAUCAAUAUUCCUAGACUUUUAAAUCUGUAUUUACUUUGAAAAAGAACACUCCUUUAUCUUAAAUGUCAUUUUCUUUUUUGUUUUUUUCGCUUUUAGGGUGUUUGUUCCCUUGGAUUGAGAUUUAUGUCCACAGACUUCUUUUUUUUUUCAUUUGAAAAUGAAUGUGAAGAUACUGUUUACAGCUUUUGUUAGUUGCACUUUUCAUCGCUCUGAUCAAUUUCUUGUUAAGUGCUAUGGGGAUUAUUUUUCCUGUUAAUAUUAAUGAUCUUACUACUGCCUCAGAAAUUUUAAAGGUUUUGUGGACAGAAAACAGUUGUUGCAACCAAAAAGAAAAUGGGGGUGGGGAACUUUAGCUUACCUUUCUCAGCUGAAUUAAAUGAUUUUAAUAACUUCCCAAUUACCAGGGUUAUAACACUGCUUUCUUCAGUUAUUAAUACAGUCUUAAAUUAUAACACACAAUUCAUUUACAAAUUGAGUACGGUAGACCAGGGCUACAUGUAAGUGCUCUCUUUAUUUUACUCUUUACAUCAGAAAAAUCAUGAAUGUCAGUCUUGCCAGUAUUUUGCUAUGAAGCUCAUAGUUUAAAUUAAAAUUUUAUAAUGUAUGAGAUGUAAAUAAAUCAGUAUUAAUUUAUUGUAGGUCAUUUGACUCGGGCAUUUAAAAUGGAUAUGGGUUAAAGGCAAUGGAAUCCUAUUUAUUUGGGAGUUUUUUUUCUUUGAUACUUUUGCUGUUUUGUGUUGUCUAAACUUUGCUUCAACGAAAGGCAAUGAAAGAACUUGAAAAUAGAUUCAACAUAUCAAUAGAAAGCAAUAUAAGGAGGAUAAUUCAUGUUUUAGUUUUUUAAUUAUUAUUAUUAUUUUGUAAAUAAACAGUACUGUGAUACUUUAGGUGUGACCUCUGCUCAACAUGGUAGAACUAGAAAAAUAUUUUGCUUUCUAGUUAUACUAUUGGUUCAUUGUAAAUGCAUUACCAAAAGACAAUAUGAAGAAGAGCAAGAUUAAGUUUUUCUAACAUUGUCCACUUCUGGGGCAAGCAUGCUUGGUAUAGAAUUGUAGCUUGUGUAUACCUUAAAUUGUACAUGCAGGUGUUUUUCAGUUGCUGCACUUUAUUUAUUUAUUUUUUUUUAAAUCUUGCUCAGUCCCAGUAACUAUCUCAAAGGUAAUUGCUGGAAUAUGCAUUUGAAAUAGUUUAAAAACAAACAAACAAACUCCUGUGUACUGUUUCAUUAAAAAAAAAAAAAAAAAAGAUUGCAAACACUAAAAAUGUGUUAAACUUUGUAGUUAUUUUGCGUUCCUGUACUUUACAAACUGUCAUCCACAGCAAAAGGUUUAAAAUUAGGUAAUGAAAUAUUUUUGUAAAUAAAUACCAUUAAGCUGGUAUUUUAAAAAAUGUAUUAUAAAUUAAUGUUUCUGGAAAAUGUUCAUAUAUAUAUGUAUAUGAAUGUCUCUUUAUGCUGAAGGGCUCUGAUUGGGCAAAAUAAAAUACUCUAAUCUCUCCUCAAA